AUGUCCACCUCAGAAAAUUCGGAACAUGCUAUUCUGACCUAUGUACAAGUCAGUAAGAGCAUUGAAAAACUGACAGAACACCACAAAAGCCUCGUGGUGAAACGCGACUCACCUGUUUCAAAGGCCCUGAACAGCGUCGUCUCUUGCCCCUUUGUCUCCUUCACCCUCGAUUACCUCAAUGGUGACUGCAAGUUCCGAGGCCCGAAUGACACGCCCUUUGGUACACUCGGCUCCCCGAAUGUUGAUGCCAUUCGCGCCCAAAGCGAGCCGUCUUCGUUCGGCAAGGGCGACCAGACGGUCACAGACCCCGCCUACCGUGAUGGACGCGAGAUCCGUGGAAAAGACAUCACUUGUCCGUCCAAAUCGGAUUAUACCGCCUCUCUUCACUUCCUUCUUCUCGACCUCAAGACUGUCCUAGAGGCGACCCUAUUCGUGGGCAAGGAAGUUGAUGUCCGGCUGUACAAGCUCGCGAUGUAUGAUGAAGGCGGUCACUUUGACUGGCACCGCGACUCGACCCACGGGAAGAACCAUCACGCCACUGUCCUAGUCGCGCUCAACACAUCCUGGUCAGGCGGCGCGUUCCAACUCCGGCACGACGGUGAGGAGAUGGUCGUGGAUAUACAUCCCAAAAUCACCGGCGCCGAAGAGCCCCAGCCCUACAUCAAUCUCAAAGCCGUGGCAUUCUACACCGACGUGGAGCAUAAAGUUGAGCCCGUCACGUCGGGUGUACGGUUAAUCCUCCAAUACGAUGUGCUCGUCUGUACGCCGAAAACUGGCCCGUCGCGCCUUGCUUAUACUCCUGGGGAGUACGACUUUUCGACUCUCGAUGUCGUGAGCGGAAAAUCGCGGAUGGAUUUCAUGGGAGAGGAUUAUCGGCCUGGGCCACCACACGACAACGAGAUCCAGUACCCAUCCUCUUCUCCUAGCGACGUCCAGGCUCUCGUUGAAGCAGUUCAGAAAGUCAUCUCUAGUGGGACAGAAGAGAUAGGCAUCCCGCUCCGCCAUCUCUAUCGGCAAUCCAGCAUAUGUAAGGAGUACCUCAAAGGGGUCGAUGCUGUCAUAUAUGCUGCGCUCAGUGCUGUAUUCGACGUGUCGCUGGUCCCCGUGAUCCUGCGCGAAAAUACGGAACAUGUAUACUCAGAGUGGACCGAGUCUUCGGAGCCUAAGUCGAUUAUAUCGGUGUAUAAGGUUAUUGAAGGGAAUGGGGACGAGGAGGAUGACGAUGAUGAUGAUGAGGGUGCCCGGAAGAGGGUGAGACGAUCCACCGAGUUUCAUUUGAGCGGCGUUUCGGACCUCGUGGAGAUCAGCAGGAAGGAGUAUAUCGAACAUACGGGCAACGAGGCGCAGGAAGCAGAGUACAAGUAUUUCGGAGGAGGAAUGUUCAUCAAGGCUAAGAAAGCGUAGUUGGAAUUCAUCUUUUCAAAGCCUUGCAUGGCAAGAUUUUCGUAUCAUUGUCAACUCAAGUUGUGUUCGGAUGGACGGAGGAAUGAGG